AUGCCUUUUCAGAUGCGACAGAUGCCACGAAAUAUCAAGAGAAAAGUGGCUAAAGUAAGCAAAUUGCUUACCAAGAAAGAAAUUGUAAAGAAAGAAAUAGAGAUCGCACAGGUUAGAGUUUUUAGUUAUGUCAUGCUUUUGGCUUUACUAUACGUUGAACUUAUCUCUUGUGAAUAUUCUAGGAUUCCCUUGUUCUUGGUGGGUAUAAUACAUUACAAUGAUUUCCACGAAGUAGGUUCGCAAUUUGUUAAGCGAAGUCUAUCUGUCGAUAAUGAUUAUCCCGAAUUUGAUCAUGGGAAAGAGAAAGCCAAGAAAUGA